CAUGGAUUCGAUUCUCUGCUAAGUUAGCCCUGAAUCCCUAAAUCUCUGUCUCUCUCCCAAAUUCCAAUCCCAUCCUCGAGAGACGGAACUCCAAUUGAGCUCACAGAUUGAAGCCAUGGCCGCCAAUGGUGCUGCAGCUGGAGUAGAUAAUACUCACAGAAGGAAAUUCGACCUUGAAGAGUACGCUGAGAAAGCCCGCGAGCGUGAAAGAAAGGAAGAGGAGGGAGCUCGUAAGUCGAAAUCAAAAGGUCCUCCGGUGCAGAGGAAGCCGUUGAAGCACAGGGAUUAUGAAGUAGACCUUGAAUCUCGCUUGGGGAAGACACAGGUUGUUACUCCAAUAGCACCUUUAAGCCAGCAGGCCGGAUACUUUUGUUCAGUUUGUGAGUGCGUUGUUAAAGAUUCUGCAAACUACUUGGAUCAUAUCAAUGGCAAAAAACAUCAAAGAGCUUUGGGUAUGUCUAUGCGGGUAGAGCGGGCAUCUCUUGAACAGGUCCAGAGUCGAUUUGAAAAGCUCAAGAAGCGGAAAACUGAUCUGCCCUUCACUGAGCAAGAUCUUGAUGAGCGGAUCUUGAAGCUGCAGCAAGAAGAAGAGGAAAGGAAGCGACAACGUCGAGAAAAGAAGAAAGAGAAGAAGAAAGAGAAGGUAGAUGAGGAGGAAAUUGAAAUUGACCCUGACGUUGCAGCAAUGAUGGGAUUUGGUGGAUUCGGUUCAUCCAAGAAGUAAUCUCUUUGCGCCAAUUCAAUCUUCAUGCCUCUACGGACGUUGUUCUCUUUAUUGGUCAAUUUUACCGCAUGAAUCACUUGAUUGAGGUUUUGAGACUUGUACAAAGUGUAACAUCACGAAAUCUUGGAAAAGUGAACUUCAAAAUCUUGCAUACUUUACUGGUAGUGGUUACUCGUGCUGCGUCAGGUUCUCGUUCAUUUUGUUUUAUGGAAAUGGACCAUGGAUUGGAUCUUAGAACUAUGGUGUCUUCUUAGAGACAUAAGCAGAACGGAACAGUUUUAGUGUACAUGCAGUCAUCAAAGCCUCGUCUAUUGUCUAAUUCUAUUGCAUCAGUAAUCUAAAAUGCUCUGAAGAAAUUUGCAUACAUUUGCAAUUGGAAGUCUGCUUAAUUGAAAUCAUUAGUCUGAUUACAUUCA